GGGUUAUCUGGCACGACAGCGGGCACCGGGUCAUCUGGCAGAAUAGCGGGCACAGAGUCAUCUGGCAGAAUAGCGGGCACCGGGUCACUAAGCUUGACAGCGGGCACCGAGUCAUCUGGCAAGACAGUGGGCACCGAGUCAUCUGGCAGGACAGUGGGCACCGGUCACCAAGCUCGACAACGGGCACCGGGUCAUCUGACACGACAGUGGGCACCGGGUCAUCUGGCACGUCAGUGGGCACCGGGUCAUCUGGCAGAACAGCGGGCACCGGGUCACCAAGCUCGACAGCGGGCACCGAGUCAUCUGGCAAGACAGCGGGCACAGAGUCAUCUGGCAAGACAGCGGGCACCAAGUCACCAAUCUCGACAGCGGGCACCGAGUCAUCUGGAAAGACAGCAGGCACCGAGUCAUCUGGCAAGACAGCGGGCACCGAGUCACCAAGCUCGACAGCGGGCACCGAGUCACCUGGCACGACAGCGGGCAAUGAGUCAUCUGGCACGACAGCGGGCACCGAGUCAUCUGGCACAACAGCGGGCACCGAGUCAUCUGGCACGACAGCGGUCGUCAGGCUGGACCGCGGGCACCGGGUCAUCAGGCUGGAUCGGGUCAUCAGGCUGGAUCGGGUCAUCAGGCAGGAUCGGGCAUCCGAGCAUCAGGCUGAACAGCGGGCACCGUGGCACCAGGCUGGACAACGGACCGCAGGCUGACUGGUUUGGAUACUGACAGGA